GCAGGUGGCCAUCUGCCCACUUCACCGCUUCCCCUUUCUCCCACCUUCCUUCCCCGGCUCCCCGCUCUCCUCCGCCGCAUCCCGCGCGCACCCUCCGCCGCCGGCGCCGGGGACCUCGCCGUGGGGGGGAGGCCGGGCUGUAGACCGGGAUCCGGGAGGAUUCUGUUGCGUCCUUAACGGACACGGCGAUUCGUUCGGCGUGUCCACAUCGAGGCACAGCUUGAGCCACUCCUCUAGCUGCCACUGAACUCGGUCGGGCGGAGCUUAGAUCUGAUCCCAACGAACCUGCAGUCGGCUGCAGCCACUCCUCUCCGGCGAUGGAUUUCAUGAAGGUUUUCGAUCAGACUGUGCGCGAGAUAAAGAGGGAGGUAAAUCUGAAGGUGCUCAAGGUCCCCGAGAUGGAGCAGAAGGUACUUGAUGCAACAAGUGAUGAACCGUGGGGCCCUCAUGGAAGUGCCCUUUCAGAGCUUGCACACGCUACCAAGAAGUUUGCUGAGUGCCAGAUGGUAAUGAAUGUCCUCUGGACUAGGCUGUCCGAGAGAGGCGCGAACUGGCGUCAUGUGUAUAAGGCAUUGACAAUUAUUGAGUACUUGAUAGCCAAUGGUUCUGAGAGGGCAGUUGAUGACAUUCUAGAUCAUUAUUCUAAGAUCUCGGUUCUUUCGAGUUUUGAAUAUGUUGAGCCUAAUGGUAAAGACGCUGGAAUAAAUGUGAGGAAAAAAGUAGAAACCAUUGUGGGCAUCAUAAAUGACAAGGAGAGAAUAAAGGCCGUGAGAGACAAAGCAGCCAGUAAUCGUGAUAAGUACGUUGGACUAUCAUCCACAGGCAUAACAUAUAAAUCAAGCUCAGCCUCAUUUGGUAGCAACUACAGUUCAGGCGAACGUUAUGGGAGUUUCAGUGGUGAAAAGGAAGCUGACUCAUAUGGUGACAGUUACAGGGACAAAGAACCUGUUAAAACCUCCACAAGUAAUAGUGGCGUCCGGAAAUCUGGCAGCAAGCUGAGGAAGGAUGCGAAGCCUGAUAGGAGGAAUGAGGAUUCACCCAGCUCUUUCAACCCCUCAUCUAAUACAAAUAACACUGAGGACGGCUUUGAUGACUUCGAUCCUCGCGGAUCAAAUGGAAAAACAACUGCUAAACCAAAUGAGGUGGAUCUGUUUGGCCCAAACUUGAUGGAUGAUUUUAUUGAUACAUCUGCAGCAACUCCAGCAACAGAGAGUGCUGUAGAGCCACAGGUCGAUCUGUUUGCUGAUGCAGAUUUCCAAUCGGCAACAGAGACAGCUGCAAAUACAGAUGUCCAGGGCAAUGUUGACCUUUUUGCGGAAAAGGCAUCUUUUCCUGCAGCAUUUCCACCACAGGCUGGGUUUAUUCCACCACCAAGUGCCGGGACAUCUUCUGAAAAUACUUCUGUAUCCAAGAAGGCUGCUCCUGAACCUUUUGAUCCUUUUGGUGCUAUUCCCUUGAACAGUUUUGAUGGAUCUGACCCAUUUGGUGGCUUCAGCUCAAAUGCUGGAUCAUCUACUGCAGCACCACCCACCCACAGUUCUACAGGAAAUAUCAGCACACGAGACCAGAACCUUCAGGCUGCAUCCGACUUCGGUGCCUUCGUAUCAAACAAUGAGGGAGCAGCUAAAGAUCCAUUUGAUCUUUCUUCAAGUGCCAAUGUCAGAAAAACACCUUUGGCAGCUCCGAAGAUUGAUGCAUCUGAUUUUGGUGCAUUUGUCUCUAGUACUGAGGAAGCAGCUAAGGACCCUUUCGAUCUUUCUUCGGGUAGCAACCUUGGAAGGACAGACCAAGCACCCGCGGCAGCUCCCAAGCCUAACAUGAAGAAAGAAAAUUUUCAGGUCAAGUCUGGCAUAUGGGCAGACUCCUUGAGCAAAGGAUUGAUUGAUCUUAACAUAACUGCACCGAAGAAGGUGAACCUAGCUGAUAUUGGCAUCGUUGGUGGCCUUGGUGAUGGGUCCGAUGAGAAGGCCAUGCCCUCGUGGACCAUGGGCACCGGAUCUGGGCUAGGAAUAUCUGGGAUUCCACCAUCAACACAAGGCGGUGGCAUCGAGAGCUUAGCCAACUACAACAAGCAUCAAUUCGGCUUCAAAUAAGCCUUGAGCUUUCCCCUUUCAUACAGGAAAAUAUGUCACCUGCGGUUUCCUCCUCUGCCGGCCUGCUCCUUCCAUAUACCUUAUUGAUUUAAUCACUUUUUUGUUUUUGGUUUUGGUGAUUUCACUACAUUACAUUACAUUGCAUUGUGUCAACCAAUCUUGGCCCGUCUUGUCACGCGUGUAUGUUAUUUAUCGGGUAUGUUGGUAAAAGCAUGCAACUACCCAUCACACACCCUGUGUCAAUUCGAUGAUAGGUAUGUUCGCCAUGCAGUAUGUGUAAUUCUGUGACCUGCCUCUGUACUUUAUACAGUACUGUAGCAUUUCGCAGUGCUUAAUAAUAGAAUAUAUGCCGUUGAUGUUGA